AUGAGAAGUCAUAGGACCACCCUACAGCAUUCUCUGUUCACAGUCUUCUCCCAGUUUGGCCUUCUGUAUUCGGUCCGAGUCUUCCCAAACGCAUCAGUGGCCGGUCCUGGGUUCUAUGCCAUCAUCAAAGUUUAUUCAGCAAGGGAUGCCCACAGAGCCCAAAAGGCAUGCGACCAGAAGCAGCUUUUUCAGGCAUCUCCAGUGCAGGUUCGUCUCGGCACCAGACAUAAGGCGGUUCGACAUAAUACGCUUGCCCUGGACAGCUCCAGAUGCCAAGAAUUGGCAAAUUACUACUUUGGUUUCCAUGGGUGGUCAAAAAGGAUCAUCAGGCUUCAGGAUCUUUCUAACCUUGAAGAAAGGGAAAAUGAUGAAAUUGUGACACCACUUCAGAAGCAAAGCCUGAAGUUCUUCUGUGCUUUCAAGGUGGUGUUGCCCUCCCACGAGUGCAGGAGUCCUGGAGUUGGCAUGGCUGAGGAACCUCUGGAGAAGUUGGAGGAAGGGUCAUUGUCAUUCCUUAUGAAAAGGAAGGUAACCCAGAAGCUUGCUAUUCACAAGGCUAUGACAGAUGCAUUCCGGAAACUGCUGAUUGUGGUUUUAGAAAGUGGUAAAAUACCUGUGGCAUAUAGACCCUGUGAAGAGGUCACAGAUGCUAGAACCGAAGAGGAACAACAGGAUUUAAUUCAAGUAUGUGGAGAUAAAAACUCAAGGGGAUACACAGCCAGUGUAGCCAUAAUUCAAAACAACCAGCAGGAUUUGGAAGACUUUGGCAUGUCUACUCAGCUCUGUCAACCUUCGGAAAAUGUGAAACUCUGAAACUGCUUUUGAGGCAGGGAAAUUCUAGGACUUCUCCAAGUCCCGAGCUUUGUCUCUGGCCCCUUAUUUGAAGUUUGGAGAGCAGGAUUGAGGGCCAUCAGUGUACGUCUACAGUUGUGGACACAGGAGAAGACACAGGCCUUUUAGAACUCCCCUCAAAUAGAAUUGCAGGGAUUUGGGAACAAAGUAACUAUGGCCUUAAGUGUGAUUAUGCUACAGUGUUUAAAAACUAUUCAUGCCUUUCAAGUAAGGUAUAUUACCCAGAUCUCAGCAUCUCAUAUAUAUCUGGUGUUAAAUAUUUUGCGGAAGAACCUUUCUGUAAAUCAAUUAUAUGGAUGCCUCGAAUUAGGGAUUAAGUUGUCAACGUAAUUUCUAAAAGAAAACAUUAAUGUACUGCAUAUAGGAUUUUUAUUAAAAAGGAGCAAAAGGGCUUCCCGGGUGGCGCAGUGGUUGAGAAUCUGCCUGCCAAUGCAGGGGACAGGGGUUCGAGCCCUGGUCUGGGAGGAUCCCACAUGCCGCGGAGCAACUAGGCCCGUGAGCCACAAUUACUGAGCCUGUGCGUCUGGAGCCUGUGCUCCGCAACAAGAGAGACCGCGAUAGUGAGAGGCCCGCGCACCGCGAUGAAGAGUGGCCCCCGCUUGCCGCGACUGGAGAAAGCCCUCGCACAGAAACGAAGACCCAGCAUAGCCAAAAAAUAAAUAAAUAAAAGUAUAAAAAAAAAAAAAAAAAAAGGAGCAAAAAAUGUGUUUCAUGUCAUUGAGAGCUUAAUUUGGGGCUAGAUUUCUGAUUAUUUAACUCACCCCAAUGUUGCAAAGUUU